AGUUAGGCUGGGAGGGCCUGUACAAACUCGGUGGAUGUACCCAAUCGAGCGUUUUUUGGGUGUCUUAAAGGAUUUUGUGAAGAAUAGAAAUCAGCCUGAAGCAAGCAUAGCUGAAGGGAACUCUGCUAAGGAAUGUUUAAUCUUUUGCUCAAGAUAUUUGAGUGAUAAUGGUGAUACGAGGUUCACUCGAAGUUCCAGGAACCAUGAAGGAUUUGUCACAGGGGAAAAUUCUGCAGAUUUAUUCCCAAUUUUAGGGAGACCGCUUGGAGCAAAAAAGAAUGGUAAGGGUAAACUAAUUGAAUUGAAUGAUGAGGUUCUUACCCAAGCUCGGCGAUAUGUCAUCAUCAAUUGUCAGGACAACUUGUCUGAGCUGUCUGCAUAUAUCGAUGAGUUUCAUCAAUCACAAACCAGAAAACGUAAGGGCAGGAAUUGGGCAAGAGAAAAAAGUCAAGCACAAGAUAUAGUACAAUGGCUUGAGUCGCGCGUUCAAAAUGACAAACAUGUUUCUAUGAUAAUCAAACACCUAGCUUCUGGUCCGAAUUAUGUUGCUCAGAGCUUCUCAGGAUACCUUAUUAACGGU